CUAAAAUAAGUCACUCUUCUCCACAUUAUCUUCUCAUUCAUCAUAAUCCCUUCUAAAAAGUAAUGACAAUUUCGAAAAAUCAACUCUAUUUUUUAUUUUUCUUAAAUAUGCCCAAAAGUCAAUACGGGCAAUUUAAAACGGGAGGACAAUUUAAAACGGGACGGACGGAGUAAUUUUUAGCAAUAUACGUCGUCGUUAACUGCCGUAUGGGUUUUGGUAGGGGUUCUUUGCUCUCGUUAUGAACCAACCCCUCCCGGCAAAGAGGGGGAGAAAAACCCUAAUUACUGAAUAAUGGUUUUAUCGAACAAGAAGCUGAAGGAGAAGCUAAGGGCGACAAAGGCUAAAUUGCUGGUCGGACGGAAAAUUUUAGGAGAAGCCCCAGAUUCCAAAUAUGAAGAACAGCUCAAAACAGUUCUCGAAUCCGUGACCCAAAAGCUCAAAUCGUCGAAAAAACGCAGGAAACAGGUUAGAGAUGAGGAAGACGAAGAAUUGUCUGAGAAGAGGGGUGAGAAAAAGAGGAAGAAGGGGGAUGGGUUAGAGAUGGCCGAUUCGUCGUUACAGAAACAGAUUUCAGGAGAAGAACAGCCGUUAUCUGCGGCCAAAGCGCUUAAGCGGUUGAAAAGGGAACAAAGAAGGGGGAAGGCGAAAUCUUUGCAAGAAACUUCUGCUAGUAAUGCGGAGGGAGGUGAUGGGUCAGAGAUUUUGGGUGAGAAAAAGGGUAAGGAGGGGGAUGGAUUGGAGAUGGCCGAUUCGUCGUUACAGAAACAGAUUUCAGGAGAAGAACGGCAUGAGGUCAUUCCGUUAUCUGCGGCCAAAGCGCUUAAGCGGUUGAAAAGGGAACAAAGAAGGGAAAAGGCAAAAUCUUUGCAAGAAAUUUCUGUUAGUAAUGCAGAGGGAAGUGAUGGGUCAGAGAUUUUGGGUGAGAAAAAAAGGAAGAGAGGUGAUGAGGAGGGAUUAGAAGGUAAGGUGGAAGUGAAGAAGGCAGUAGCUAGAACACCUAAGAAGCAGAAGAAAAAGAAGAAGAAGAUGAAGAAGAAGAAGAAGAGUGAUGUGGAGAACGAGGCAGCAAGUGAUGGAGUGAAAGGGGAUGUGAAGGUUGUUGAAGAGGUAGUAGCUGCACCGGCAAUGCCGGUUAUUGAGAGUAAAGAAAAUGCUGAUGUGUCUACAAAAGUUUAUGUUGGAGGCAUACCGUAUUACUCCAGCGAGGAUGAUAUUAGGAGUUACUUUGAAGGCUGUGGAACCAUUACUGAAGUUGAUUGUAUGAUCUUCCCAGACACUGGAAAGUUUAGAGGCAUUGCCAUCAUCACCUUUAAGACUGAAGCGGCUGCGAAAAGAGCUUUGGCCCUUGAUGGAUCUGACAUGGGCGGGCUGUUCUUGAAAGUCCAGCCAUACAACUCCUAUAGACCCAAAACCAAAGUCGCAAAUUUCUCCCCCGAAGCCAUAGAGGGGUACAAUAGGGUUUACAUGGGGAAUUUGUCUUGGGAGAUAACCGAGGACGACUUGAGGAACCUCUUCUCCGGUUGCCAAAUAACGUCCAUCCGGUUUGGGGAAGAUAAGGAAACAGGGGAAUUCAAAGGCUAUGCCCAUGUUGAUUUCGCCGAUAGUCUCUCGCUAGAUGCCGCGUUGAAGUUGGAUCAGAAAAUCGUCUGCGGCCGGCCCGUUAGGAUAAGCCGCGCCGUCCCGAAGAAGGGCGCCGAUGGCGACAAGACGAAAGCCACGCAAGAGCGUAACGAGCCGUUCCCGCCACAAAACCAAAUGGCGGGCCCGCAACAAAAUGACAUCCCGGGGGAUAGUGCGAAGAUACGGAGGCGGACGUGCUACGAGUGCGGGGAACGCGAGCACGUUUCUUCCGCUUGUCCCAAGAAACAAUCUACAACGGACACUCAAGCGAAGAGUUUCGACGAUGCAAAAGCCGCGGGCCCGCAACAUUUUGAGGUGGGCCCACGACAAAACGACGUCCCGGGAUCGAGUGGACCGGUGGAUGGUGCGAAGAUACGGAGGCGGACGUGCUACGAGUGCGGAGAACGCGGGCACGUUUCUUUCGCGUGUCCCAAGAAAAAGUCUGCAACGGACACUCAAGCAAAUACUUUCGACGAUGCAAAAGCCGCGGGCCCGCAACAUUUCGAGGCGGGCCCACGACAAAACGAGGCGUGGGAAAGCGAUCCGGCCGAUGCUCUGCCUAGUGACGCGGUGGAGACAAGUGGUGCGGUUAGUGCGAAGAUACGGAGGCGGACGUGCUACGAGUGCGGAGAACGCGGGCACGUUUCUUCCGCUUGUCCCAAGAAACAAUCUGCACCGGACACUCGAGCGAAUCGUUUCGACGGUGCAGAAGCCGCGGGCCCGAAACGUUUCGAGGAGGGCCCACGACAGAACGAGGCGUGGGAAAGCAAUCCGGCCGAUGCUCCGCCUAGCGGUGCGGCGGAGGAAAUGGUGGUUAGUGCAAAAAUACGGGGGCGGAGAUGCUAUGAAUGUGGAGAGCGUGGGCACCUUUCUUCAGCUUGUUCCAAGAAACAAGCUGUGAAAUAGGGCAAGGAAAUCAACUUGGGAGCUGAUC